UCGCGACUGCCCGUCUCCUACAUCUUGGCAUGAGCCAAGUCACUUGCCGUUCAUGCAGAACAUGCUCUCGUUUCGUCGUGGAACCCCGAAAGCCAAUCCGCAACGCCCUCCCUACUCAAAGCGUCUGAAGAUUGCACGCAAAUCUUCUCACCGUUGAGUCUUUAAUAUCGCUCUCGCCGCCUGGUCCUCUUCAUCUUGGCGUUUUUCUUCCAUCUGAAGGACCAGCACGCUCUCUCACUCUCGAUCCGACAUAGUCACAAACUCCGCGGCCGGGACUGGAGCCUGGUUUGAGCAUUAAUUUAGCAUCGUCACUCCCUUAGCCUACGACUUUCUUUUCCAUUUCGUCCUCCAUCGACUCCCCACGACCGCUUUCAUAUUGACACCGCCGGAAUGGACAGCUCUCUCCUUGCCAGGCAUGGUGGCGAAGACCACAGUGCGACGGGUGCGGCAACCUCCUCUGAGGCCAUGCCGGGAAUGCAAAUGGGAUCCGGCACGGCGAACGACAGCCAUACCUCUGGCAGCAUGAUGAUGAUGACCAUCUUCCAAACCAACCUGAAGACGCCUCUGUACUCAGAGGCAUGGACCCCGAACAGCGUAGGCACCUACGCCGCCACCUGUAUCUUCCUCAUCUUCCUCGCCUUCGGUCUGCGCAGCAUGUUGGCCCUGAAGUCCAUUCAGGAGAAGCGAUGGCUUGACAAGGACUUCAAGCGCCGCUACGUCAGCGUCAACGGAAAGUUAGGCAUGUCCGGAAAGAUGUCAACGGAUAGCAUGGCAAAGCAGUUGGUGCUCUCAGAGAACGGUGUUGAGGAGAAUGUCACUGUCGUCCAGUCGCAGCACGGCAUAUGGAGACCAUGGAGAUUCUCGGUCGACCCCAUCCGCGCCGUGAUUGAUACUGCUAUCGCUGGUGUCGGAUACCUGCUAAUGUUGGCCGUUAUGACCAUGAAUGUUGGUUAUCUUCUCUCGGUCCUGGGCGGCGUUUUCUUGGGUAGUCUCGCUGUCGGCCGCUUCGCCACCAUGGGCGAACACUAGAGUCGGUAGGCUCUAUGGCCCAGGAAGGAAAUGUCGACAAAUCAAUUCACCUUCCCCUGAUGUUCACGAAUGGACCCUAAGGGUAAAAACAGUGCCCGCGCAGGGAGACGAGAAGACGGAAACGAGGGAUACGCGACCACGAGAGAACAGACACGACGAAUUUGGCCAUACCUUUCCAUAAACCCCUUUUUCAACCAUUUUCCCCCUCCUUUUUUGGGCAUAGCUCGGUUGGAGGAUAUCACCAGGUCGCAGAUCUCGGCUGAGACUCACGCUCGCUGUUUUGCGCUGCAUAUAGUACUCACUUUCUACUCGCAGAUGGAUGCCAAGCCUCGAGAUGUAACGAUAAUGAAGCUGUCACGAGUUUUGGUCACCAAAUCAGGUUGCUCCUGAUCUGAUAGUACCUGUGAUGCUACCUGCAAUGCCCGUAAUAGUGAAUUCGGUACUUAUACAGUGGUGUAGAGUGCCACUACCUGGCCCGUGCAGAAACCUUCUCAAACCCCCUCAGCCCGCUCCUUCGCCUCCCUCCCACCAAAUGAGACGUGCUCUCCUAUCACCAAGCCACACAAGCCCAACCGACCACUGCGGCCUCACCAGACCGUCGCCCAUCCCCCAGGGUUCUUGUCUCGUAUCACCACAUGGAUCGGUGUUGAAUCGUAUCAUGUUUGAGCCGCACUCCUAACAACCUCCCGCCUCGAAGGAGACCGUCAACGAAUUCGGCCACACAGCCCGUCGCUCGCCUGGGCUGUCCCCGGAUGGCCACAACCGAGUUCUCCGCACUGCAC